UGUCGAAGUUGCGUACACUGUAGUAUACUCCUUGUCGUUCCAAUAAUCUCUCGUAAAGGAGCACGGCAAUGGAGAAAAUUGAUUCUGUGUUAGAAGCUGUACCAGCCAUGAGUAAAUUUGGCUUUAAGAAAUAUACUUUCGAUAACUGAAACCAUCUCGACAAUUCCGUAAAGGUUUUGUAUACUCAGUGACGAUAUAAAAGCCGCUGACGCGAACUUUAGGUAACACUUGAUUCACAUGCGAAGACAAACACUAAUCAGUUGACGCUGCGUAGGCAAAAUCACAAUGCUCUCGCUGAUCAUCUGACAUUUGUUUGAAACAACAAGAUUUAUCGUAGGGAUUCUCCGAAAUAGUUCUAGGUGGCUUUUUCAGAAAAUGUCUUGUAAAUUUUGAUAAGACAUCGAAAUACGUAGCAAGUUACUAAAUUUCUGCUUUUACAUGGGCGCUUCAGCAGAAACGAAUCUCAUGGAUCACUUUCUUCCGAGCCGCCUAUGCCCCGUCUGAAGAAUUCGUUCAUUCGAUUUGGAUAAUUGGCGCCAAAAUCUUUACCAAUACCCGUAUCACGUCAGGCCAUAUCUGUUCUAUAAGUGCCGAAAAUAACUAUAUAUGUUAUAUUUAUAGUUUUUAUUAGAAACUGUUACAAUGCAGUUUAAUAAAAGUCGUCGCAUAGGCGGUCCUUUAAGACCAAAUAAAUUAGGCUUCAAACAACGUAAAAUCACAUUAUUGGAUAUGUAUGAAACUCCUGAAGAUAUUUUACCAGAUUUCUGCGGCAUCGAAGAGUUCUAUCAAGCAGCUUUUGAUCGUCUUCAAGUGUUGCAAACGUUAGAAGAUCUCUGUGGGCGUAUGGCCAGAAGCAGUACUGAGUUCGAACCACAACUUCUGAAAAGCCUCAGAGAGAAGAAGCUCAGGCAUUGGAUUUCCAGUUCUAGUGACCCUGACGGAGGCCUUGAACACAAGAAGCUCGAUGUUAUGUCCCACUUUACUCUACGGCUGGUAUAUUGCCAAAGCGAAGAUCUUCGUCGGUGGUACCUCCAAUGGGAAACUGAGUUAUUCCGCUGUCGACUUGAGCGUGAAAGUUCUGAAAUGAUACGAAUGUUUCAGGAAGAUUGGAAUCUUAUUUUUGAUCCAGUCGAUACUGAGGAAAAAGCUGAUAUAAUUAAUCAAGUGAUAGCAGCCAGGCCCCAAGCGAACGCUCAGCUUGUCAAUUCAUCAAGCCUAUACAAGGUUCACUUUACAAUAGUGCCUGAUAUGGUAUCAAGACGUCGAGUUUUCGUUCGCCAUGGUUACGCUUACCUUCUUCCCGAAGACACAAAGGGCAUCGUCGUCUCGGAAUUUCGCACAUAUCUCUCCAAGAUGCUGACAAAGCUUGCGACUUGCCCCAAUAUCUACAACAAGGACGACCAGGUGGCGCCGUUGAUAAAACUUUUGGCGCGUCGGCAAAUCCAAGCUGAACGCACUUUUCGCGACGAAGGUUCCGUGACGCCUGCGGAUCUCGAUAGUCUAUCGAAAAGCGCUUAUCCUCUUUGCAUGUCAGUGAUGCACGACUGGCUCCGGGAAAAGCACCAUCUGAAACACACAGGACGUUUGUCGUUAACCCUUUUCCUGAAAGGUAUCGGAUUGUCCAUGGAUGAUUCUCUUAAAUUCUUCAGUCAAGAGUUCGCCAAGUCUAUUGGUCAGGAGAAAUUUAGCAAAGAGUAUGCGUACGCAAUACGUCACUCAUACGGAAAAGAAGGCAAGAGAGCAGAUUACCGACCAUACAACUGCAUGAAGAUGGCUAGCUUACACAAUCCUUCCGGUAUGGAAUGUCACGGCUGUCCGUACAAGACUCUAGACACGGAAGUGCUAAAAUCGCGCCUUCGCAGCCGUGGAGUGACUCCAAGUGUAAUCAGUGAUGUACUUGCGGAUGUGAAGAACUUCAACUAUCAAGCUGCAUGCACACGAGUAUUCGAAAAUCGUACGGGACGUAUACUAGGCCAAAGCAUUGUCCACCCGAAUCAGUACUUUGAGGAAAGCGACAAAGUACUGAAAGGCACUUCUCAACUUCCAACAGAACCCAAUAAGACUGAAAAGACGAUUACCAAAAUAUAUAAGAAGGCAAAGCCGGAACCAGAAGAACGGGACAUAAAGCAAGAAGUAGAGGAAGCGGCAGGGGAUCAUAUGGACGAUGAUGAUGUGUGAAAGCAUUACUUUCAAAUAUUUGCAUUUAAUGGUAAAUGCUCGGGCGGUCUAAAAUCGUCUUUGGCUGAUUAUGAUACAACCGCCGACAGGCUGGCCUGAGGUCUUUUUUAGUCAAAUUCUUUGUUGCGCAUAAUAGCAAAAUCUAUCGACUGGUCAAGAAUCUCAGCAGCACUACAUAUAUAAAAGCAUCAUUGCCUCAUUUGUGUACGAUUUUCUUUUUUUUUUCUGGUUUUAGCUAACGCUUAACAGAGGCCGAAUAAACAAUACAAAAAACAAAUAUAUAUUGUUACCGCUAGACAUAUCACUUACUUAGCAUUAAACCACUCUUGUCUAGCCGUUGAUUUCUACAACUGGAACUUUCUUAAGGCUUCUUUUCCUCAAGCAACGAAUGCAGUCAAUUCGUUGGUGUCAUUCUAUCUCAUUAAGAACAAUAUCCAUAGUCAGAACAUUUUCUGUUAAAAACGCUGUAUGAAUGGUUUUGUAUUACUUGGUAUAUAUAUAUAUAUAUAUAAUGAAUUUCAUUGGAAGUUUUUUUUACUUAGAUAAACGCAAAUAAACGUAAA